AUGGGCCCCACUCUCCUUCACCUACAACUUUCAGUUUCAGUCGAUUCUCUGCAGUUCUUCCGAAGUAAUAGCGUACCGAGACAAGUAAUCAAGAAAGUUUUCGCAAAGCUUGAGAAUGAAUUCGAAGGGACUCUCGCUAGAAAUGCCAUCACAGAGAUUGACCACAAGUUAUUGGACCCGUUCGUGUUGCUAGUUGAAUUUUCCUUUUCGCUUUCAGCUGGAUUCCCAGAUCAUCCUCACAGAGGUUUUGAAAGUGUUACAUACAUACUACAGGGAGGUAUCAUUCACAAAUUUCCCAACGGUGAUAAAAGUACAAUCAGAGCCGGAGAUGUUCAGUGGAUGACAGCAGGAAGAGGAAUCGUUCAUUCUGAAUUUCCUGAACACGAAGUCAACAAUGGCUUACAGCUUUGGAUCAACCUCCCUUCCAUUCACAGAAUGAUCGAGCCAAAGAACCUAGAGCUGUCGAGUUCAGAGAUUCCAAGAGCAGAGGAAGAUGGAGUAGAGGUCAAAGUCAUAGCUGGAGAGUCAAUAGGAAUCAAAUCUCCUUUCUACACAACAACACCAAUCAUGUACCUUGACUUUACCCUCAAGCCAGGAUCUCAAACUCACCAGACCGUUCCAAAAUGCUGGACCGCUUUCGCCUACAUUAUAGAUGGCGACGAAGGUGUCUUCGGUUCCUUGAACUCCUCCGCUAUAUCGGCGCACCAUGUUGUUGUGUUUGGACCGGGGGAUUUAGUUAGCGUGUGGAACAAGGCAACGUCAGAGCCGUUGAGGUUUCUGUUGAUUGCAGGGGAACCGAUCGGUGAGGCUGUUGUUCAGUCUGGUCCGUUUGUGAUGAAUUCACAGGCAGAGAUCGAUGUGGCCUAUAACGACUAUCAGAAUGCUAAGAAUGGGUUUGAAAUGGCUACGUGUCAAAGGUUACAGUGA